GUUUGAGAGAAAUAGAGUUACCUUUACAGUGUUGGUUAUCGUCCCACUAACAACGGUAUUUUUACAGUGUGUGUGUAUUGCAGCCGUCGCUUUCAUCGGUCUGUAUCCUCUUAUUUGACGUUGUGUGAGUGGCUCCUGUCCGUCAGUACGCACUUCGGGACAACCACGAGUUAAAGCCGAUUUCUCUAUCUCUCUCUCGGCUGGCUUUCUUGCCAGCUGAACCUCUUCGGGAUGGACCCAGCAAGCCGUUACCAAGUGGUGAGUGUGGACGAAACCAGAUCAAAACACCGUCUGGGAGCUCGGCCUGCCUGUCACAGGAACAUAAGGCCGUACCAGAGUGAACACUAUUAGCAAUAUUUUAACUAAAAUGAGUCAUAUUAAAUACAUCUCAUAUAUGUUAUUCAGCCGCUGAACAGUCACUUUACCCGUAUUUUCUCUCCGCUGGCAUCUUAAAUUGCUUUGUACCGUCUCAUUUAGUACUUCCGCAUAGGCUAGGCUAACAUUAGCAAGGCAGCCAGUAUAUCUUUGAAGGUCUUAUGAUUGACUGUGUGCUCAGAAAAAUGAACUUUACACAAGAAAUUAACAGUGUUUUUACAUUUUAUGUGUAACCUCGGUUUGCGUUGACCGUAUUUUACCGUUAAUUCAAAUGCCAACGUACGCUAGCUUUAGCAACAGGCUAAAGUCGAAAAGAAUAAUAAGUCAUGAUAGGAGAAACAAUAAAUAGAUUCAUAAGUUAUGAAUUAUUUAUCUAUUUUAGUUAUUACGUUAUGAAUCAUAACGUAAUAACUAAACUGUAUUUGUUACAGAAAUUCUUCGUUAUAAAGUCAGUCAGGUAUAACGGUGUUAAAUAUGAGUGUAAACAUAACUUGCAGUUAUAUGGUCAAAGCUGGAGGUUGCCUGACAUAAACAUAGUUAAUAAUGGUUUAGAAAUUCUUGUAACUCUCAAGAUUCUGGCAACCUAGAAAAACGGUAAAUAACUGUAUUGUAAUGACAUGCUUUGCAAACUCUCCCUAAACUUAUAAAGAAACUUACAUAGUUAUUAAUGGUUUAGAAAUGCUUGUAACACUUAAUAUUGUGGCAACCUAGAAAAAUGGUAAAUUACUGUUUUUUUUAACGACAUGCUUUGCAACCUCUCCCCAAACUUAUAAGAAAACUUAUUUUUUUUUGUCUUUGUUUUUUGCUUGUUGGACAGGCGCAAUGAUUACCCAAUGUUAAGUUAAUCUCUAGAGCAAAAUGAAGUUUGUUUUUUAUUGAAAAAGGCAGUAAAUUGAACGCACACAUGUGUGUCCCUGUUCUGGGUCUAGUAAUAAUCCCCCAUGAUCCAGUAUCAGCCAAACCAAAUCAGUAGUGUGCUUUAACCCCACAACUCUGUCCAAAGUGCAGAUUUCAUUGACAACAAUAACUGGAAAUGUUUUGUUAAAUAACACUGAACACUUAUUGACUUCUGGAUAGUGGGCGAAGUUAUUUGAAUAGUGUUCGAUUGAAAACAUCCAGGGAAUUAGAUAAGAAAUUAUUUAAUGUUAUACGCCUGCUUUCCAGUGUCUUCAUUCAAGCACAAGUUCUCCCUCAUUCAGCUCUUGUUCUUGUUUGAAUAAUGUUCAGGUUUCUGCAAAUAUGGGACACAGCUGCUUUUUGAGUUUUGGGGAUAGUACGACUCACGAGGAGGCUUGUGGCUACAUUGUUAAGAUCUUAUGUAAUCGCCUGUGCACAGGGGAGCAUUAGGCUUUGUCCUUGGUUCCUAGCCAGUCGUCAGCCGCUCGUUCAAUCGCUGCCUCGCAAAGCAAACAUGUGUUGGUGGAGUUUUGGAAGGUAGUUUGAACUCCAGGGUGUUGUUGAGAAUAUGUGCUUGGACAGAGAUGUUUUUUCAUCCUAUUAGUCAUCCGUGACUUUUGAGUUAUCAUGCUGACUUUAGAUGUCAUUAUAAGGGUGGUUCCCCUUUGUGGGUUAUACUACGCAAAUAUUAUUUCACUUACUUGAUGGAAAAAGUGACAUAAAGGAAUGAUCUGUUCUCUUCAAUAUAUUAUUAUACUUUAACGCAAACUUAAAGGACUAAAAUAUGUUGUGAAUCAGUGUAUUUGAAGGGUUGUGAUCGAGAUGUACUUCCCAACCUAGUUUGUUAUUCCUAACAGUGUUUGUGUACAGUUCCCUACAACGUUGUACAGAUAUUUAUGUCAAGGCUAUGAACACGUUGAACCUGCUCAGCCACAUUGACUCUGCUUGAGGUAAUCUCGGAGCGUAACACAUGAUUAGUCAGUGGUUGUUAUCUGCUAUUACUGAGAAUUUAGGUAAGAUACCAUUUUGACUAAACUCUGACAACACAGCCUCAUGUGUGCAGAGUUUUGACCUUUUAUUAAACGAUUAGGGAACAAAAACAUUUGUUUGGUCAGAUUAAGCUUCAUUUGAACACAAGGUUACAAGUUGAAUCAUUGUCAAGGCCUCUCUUAGUUUGUGUUAACUUUCCUCACGGAUAAAUUGUGGGAGGAAACCUCCCCCCUCUUACAUUUCUGCUCUGGAACCACCAUGUCCCUGUCACCCUCUGUAAUUUCAGACGGCUUUUGGCACUUGGUUAGGUGAAAAUUAAUAUACUUAAGUCUGCAACCAGCUCUUUCAGCUGCAACACGCACGCUCGCUGACUGAUUGCAUACGUAUCGCUUUACCAAAGACCUUUUUGUGUCGACAUACUGUUGAGCCUCUCAUCUGUGUGCUGUGUACAAUCUCAGGCGUUCUGAUGAGGGCAAACAGUGUAGCUGUGACCCUGCUCGGCAAACAGACCUUUAAUACUUUGCACACUAUGUGUAAAUCAGUGAAACUAGCUUAUCGUAUAGGUAUUUACAAUAAUAAAUAGACUGAGUAAGGUGAAACAGCAGAAAUGACUUGGAAGCAUUGAGUAGACGGUAUCAUGCGUGCCGGUUCUCUUUUCUAAAAGCAAAAACAGCCAGUUUUGUAGCGUAAUGAUAACUUGAUUACAUUAAUGCUGCUAUUAGAAACCAGAUCUGGUGUCACACUGUUCAAAUGCGCAGAAAUCCCCCGAAUACAGCCAUCAAAUCAAACACUAGCUACUGUCGUCAAUUUCAAGCGCCAACACUCUUUCGCCUGACUCAGUACGUUUACAUGACACUCGAGAAAACAGAAUUAUUGCCUUAUUCUGAUUCAAGGUCCUUACACACCAGGGCCGACAUGAAUAUAGAACGCGGAAGUACGAAAUAUUCUGAGGCGAAUUUUGACGCACUUGACUAUACACAUCAAGCCCGAUUCGAUUUUGAGACUUUCCAGGGGAAAAAGACCCAUCCCGGGGAAGACUUUUCCGGGGGAAAGUUCCGCCUCCUUCGCCUCUGAUUGGCUAGAAAAGCUGGAAGCAUCAUCACAUGCUCAAGCCAAAUGGUCAGCACUUAUAGCCAAUCAGAGGCGAUAAGAUAAGCACAUGAAACUAUGGUAACAACCAUUAGCUUACGUUAGCACAGUUACAUGACUAGUUAAAGUUAAAGUUAAAACAAAGACGUUUAGCAAACUGUUAAAGCACACAAACCAUCGUCAUAUAAGAAAUCCGACGCUAUGACUCUCCACAAGUUGUCCUUCAGGUCGUAUCUUUGUAAUGUUUGUGUCUUUAAUCAAAAAGCACUCUGGUCUCCAACACAUAAACAAUCAGCCGGUCGGCCAUGUUGGAUAUACCAGUGAAUCUGACGUUGCAACAACACGCAAUCUGAUUGGUCAGAAGUGGACACACAGUAUGUGAAACUUUAGAAAAAUCAGCCAUGAUCCGGAAAAACGUCGCUGAUGUUAAUGCUUGUUUCGACUGGAUACGGGUCGAAAAUAAAAAAUUGACGUUGGAAAUAAUCGCAUGACAAAAACGGUCCCGGUGUGAUUAAGACCGGACAACUGAAGUGCAUGUAAACACAUUAGUCUGACUAUAAUCGGAGUCAGGGAAUUCCGAUUAAGACACCCCGAUAAUGCGAUUUGACUUAGAUUUUCUUUACCAUGUAACCAGCGUAGUCGGAGUAUGAUCGGACAAUGCAUGUGCGAGUGCGCUAUGCCCCCGUAACCCCGGAACAAAAACACCAGAGAAGAGGAGUAGCGUGCAUCACAUCUGCAGAAAAAGUAGCGCGUACAUCAUGUAUGACAAAAACAACGACGUACGAUGCUCAAUCUUCUUGCUCGAAAAUGCCCAACAGCAUUUGAAGCCACUUCUGACGUCUGGCACGGACUUGCUGUUGUCGUUGACAGUUGUAUGGGGUCGGAAACGGUGCAGCUGAAAAGACCGAUAUCACCCCCUAGUUUUGGGGAGGAGGGCACGUUCACGUCAAUAAUAAAACCGAAUUAUGAGCUCAGUCCGAUUAAGCUGUGCAUGUAAACGCACUGACUAAUCUUCCCUUCUUCUACAGUUGCACAAUGAGGACGACUCUUCAGAGGCGUCAACCAGCGAGCAGCAGCCAUGCACUUCAGCCACCGCCCAGGCCGCUGCGUCCAGCCAGGGCCAGAGCCAGACCCAAGCCCAAGCCGAGGCCGGCCCCUCUCCUGCUCCAGCAGCCGCAGAGCCUUCUGGAUCAAGGACUCAGGGGGAGGGAGAUGCACCACCGCCUCCUUAUGCUUUUAUUGACCUGGGAGCGACUGCUGCAUCGCCUGGUCAGUAUGAACGAGAUCUCUUUUGUUCACACUUCGAUUUCCACGUCUAAAAUACCUUUCAGCGUUUUAAUCUUUUUACAAAGUGUUGCAUGCUUCCUAAAAUAGACACAGCCAUUCUUGUGUGGCUUUCUUGUGGCGGUUAGUGGAAUGUCUGCAGUCAUGAGCCAAUUGGGAUUACCAUGGCAGCGUUACCACAUUUUCUUUUUGGGCCAAUUUAACACUUUGAAGCCCCCCUUAUGUAACUUUGUCUUUCUUCGAAUGUUCACGCAGAAACCAGUUUCCAAGGCGACUUCCCUGUGCCUCCUCCCUACAGCGUUGCAACCUCACUGCCCACAUAUGACGAAGCGGAGAAGGCUAAAGCGGCCGCCAUGGCUGCCUCCGCUGUGGAGGUGAUGCCUCGGGUGAGGACACGCACACACACGUAACACACACUGCAAAAUCCCCUUCUUGUUUAGAGGUCAUGUGUAAACCUCUUACUUCUAAGUGUGUUUGAGGGGGUUGUUAAAGUUUCUAAUCUACCAAAACGCCUCCACAUGGGGAGUUUAACAUGUAGAUUUAUGUGUUAACAUGUUAGGAUGAUGAGUUCCCCCCGAGAGAUGAUUUCAGCGACGCUGACCAGCUUCGAGUUGGGAACGAUGGGAUCUUCAUGUUGGCUUUUUUCAGUAAGUGAUACAUUUUAAAGAAAUGUUUGGUUAAAGUUUGUAAAGGUGGGAACAAGUGAUUCUCAACUUGUCAGAUAAACUGGGAAUCAUCACUGUUGGUCUGAAGUGACAGACAGUGAUUGGAAAUGUCUGACCGUGGGUUUUUCACACCGGAUUUCCAUAUCAACCCUUUUGUUUCUGUUUGUCCUUCCAGUGGCCUUCCUGUUCAACUGGAUCGGGUUCUGUUUGUCCUUCUGUCUGACCAACACCAUCGCAGGACGGUACGGAGCCAUCUGCGGCUUUGGCCUUUCUCUCAUCAAGUGGAUUCUCAUCGUCAGGGUAUGCACAGGAAAUCUCUCGCAGAGAACCUUAUUUAUAACUGGUUAUGAAAUAUGUUCGUAUGACUUAUGUGAAGAAAAUUCAGAUCCUCAUACUCCCCUUUGUCUUUUUUUUCUGAGCCAUCAUAGCAGGGCUUGACACUAACUUUUUUCACCAAGGGCACAUGUGCUCCUAAGUUAUAAAAGUAAGGAGCGCACAAAGAACUUUAGGGGCACAAUGAAAAUUGAUCAAAUAGUAGGUGUCUUAUUGCUCAACAUAAGUACUAGGGCCCGACUGAUAUGGAAUUUUUGGGGCUGAUGCCAAUACUGAUUAUUUUUAAAAAUUUUUAUUAAGUUAUAAUAUAUAUAUAUAUAUAUAUACAUUGUAGAUAUCUACAGUAUACUAUAUACUAUAGAUAUACUGUAGGCUACUGCUCUUCACGCCGUCAGGAAGACCGACUGGAGUUUAUUUACUGUUGAGUCGGACCGCUUUCCUCCGUGCGUCCCUGAGCUGCCUGCUUCAGAUCCGUCACUCUGCUGUGCUGUGAGGUAGUUCGUGGAUGAAGAUUGUCAUGAGGUCGCCAUCUACAGGAUAAGUCAGGGACCUUUUCAAAUGGCGGAAAAUUUCCGAAGUGAAACCAAAUUUUAUUUCUGAAAUUAUUGGCGAAAAUCGGCGAGUUUUGGCCGAUUACCGAUUAGUCUCAAACGGGCUGAUUUAAUUGGCUCGCCGAUAAAUAUGAAAUCAAUUUUGGGGUCAGUUGGUCACGUUGACAUGGAGGCUAUUGAAGGAAUCCAGCCUCUUUUGAGAACAUCAACCGGUAAUUUAUUGACGGUCCCUUAUUCAACACCUGACGUUGACAGUGAGGGUGCUAGUAGCGAGUCGAUUUAACUGCGCUGCUGUGUCUAUUCCCGGUUAUGGAGAGUGAGAAGACACCAGUAGAUUCGCAGUAAAUGUCCAUCAGAUAUCUUACCUAAAACUAACUUCACCGCGGUGUCGAUUUAACGGCGCUGCACCUGCUAUUCCCGGUUGUGGAGAGUGAGAAGACACCAGUAGAUUCGCAGUAAAUGUCUGGCGGAUAUCCUACCUAAAACUAAUUUCACCGCCAUAUUUACAUGAAAAAACAUUUGUUUUACGCACACAUGUGCCCCUAAAUACAUUUUGCAAUUCGCACACAUCUAUUUUUGGUCGCAAAUGCGAGUGAAACUGUCAAGCCGUGCAUAGUCUGUGUGUUUUCAAAAGGUGACUGUGAGAAGUCGAGUUUUUUCCCACUCCAGAGCUACGCUGUUGUAACACAUGAAAAAUGUAGUUUGGAAUCUUGCUAGUACAUUAUGUAUCGCCUCCCCUGAGAACGCAUUGUCUUGACAUCAGCUUCAAAACCUGUCUGAUUCAGUGUAACAAUUUGUGAACCAACUAUUCCAUGGGCGCUUAUGCAUCCCAGUACCAUCAGGGUGUUUCUAGAUCACGUUGUGAGGUCAAACCUGGUUUUUGGAUGAGAUUUUUGAGCCCAUGCGGCGAUUUACACUUUAGAGCCAUGUCUGUUUUACUACCUUAGAGUCCAAAGAUCCUUAAUAAUGCUGAUUUUAUUCCUCUUCUCAGUUCUCGGACUACUUCACCGGCUACUUCAAUGGUCAAUACUGGCUCUGGUGGAUCUUCCUGUUGCUUGGUAAGCGUGACACACUCGUCUAGUCUCACUUUCCUGAUUUGAAUCAGAAAUGUCCGCUUUCGAAUCACCCCGAUUUCCUCUCCACAGGUCUGCUGCUGUUCUUCAGGGGUUUCGUUAACUACCUUAAAGUUCGCAACAUGUCAGAGAAUAUGGCCACCUCUCACAGAACACGCCUCUUCUUCCUCUACUAAAAGUAAGGAGCACAUGUCAUGAAUGAAAUCACUCUAUUUCUUCUCGCUCUUAUGAUUCUCAUUCCUCUCUCCACAGCAGUCGUCGCCAUCGCCAUUCCUUUCCAAUGUGAAGUUCCUUCUCUCCCCCUCAAAUGACCUGACCUGAGGAGUCUUUCAGUGAAGAGAGGAGACAGGGAAGGAAUAGAGGAAAGAAGUAGGGAGAAAGUGUUAACCAGUCUCAUAAAAAAACGCAUAAAAAGACUCCGCUUCUGCUGAACCGAGCCCUGAAACAAGUCUUUAAUGAUCCGAUCUCUCUUCCUCAGCUUUGUUUUCGUUCGCCAUUAUCCUUUUUGAUUCAAAAGCUUGUCGGCGAAGUCCGCUCCGGGAUCGCAAACCUGUCGUGUCUCUCUAGAGGCGUUUAGAGAUGUUUAACCUUCAGCCAACCCUCAGUUUGACGACAGCUGAUCCACAAUAUGAUAUCCAAAUGAAAUUUAAGAGACAAAGACACACUUAGUAAAAGCACAACUCUAUGAAUGAGACAGUGUCUUUGAUUCGAAAGUAUCCGCAGUUCAUUCGCGCUUUCCCCGUAGAAACCAAACCGUGACAUUUAUCGGCUCCUGACUGAAAGAGAAAUCUCAAGAAUAUCUCGAGGAUUUCAAAUUAAUCGCAGCUUAUUCGCAGUCGUGUACUUCACUCAGUGUAGCAUGAGACAAAAAUAUCAAAAACAGUUUUAACUUCUAGGUUUGCCAUUCCACCUUUUUUUUUUGUUCAUUUCCGGGUGUUUUGUACGAGUCUGACUUUAUUUUCGAUGUGGCAUUUUUAACGGUGUGCUCUCAAUCUCAAGCUAGAAAUGCAAGCCAGGCUGCAAACGGGAGGGAUUUUCAUCUUAAAAGGCGCCUGAAUGUGUAUGCGUGGGGAACAGCACAUGAAUGCAUAGGUCAGUUUACAUAUCACAGACCUUAAUGCGUCUAGUCUUUAAACCAAACUCAACUGUAGACUCACUGAAACCCCCGUCUUUUGACCCCGAUUGGAAGGAAUUAGACGUCUUUUUUUUCUCAACAACCUCUGAGCUUUUGAACAAGUUAUUAGGCCGACGUAUCGGAGGCUUUGCUUGCUUUAAAAGGAGCGAAACGGCUCAAUGAAAGUCAGAACAAUGAGCAUCUUAUGCUACAGUGCGCACAAAGACAUCUCUAUCAAGAUCAACUUUAAGGAGCUGUAACAAUGUUUCGACCUAUGCAGUAAAAACCACCUUCGACGGUGGAGGGCAUCAGUUUAAACCAACCAAAUCUGGUCAUCUCUUUCGAACCAGCGUAUCCUAAUCACACUUUCACAGCAGCUCUCCUCUUUUCUCAUCUCCACUUUGAUUUGCCAAACAUAUCUGGCAAAACAGCGUCUGUAAGCUACGGAGGAGUGCAGCUUUCCAGUAAUUUGCUCCUUGGAUAAUCAGUGUUUUUUUUUUAAGCCGCACAGGAUACUCAGUCCAUUCAGAGCUAAGUGGGCCCGGAGCCUGGACUGUGUGGGAGCUCAGCCUCUUGCGCAUCUCCUGCUUCUUGAAAAUUCAGCAUUUUUAAAACACAUUGCAGUAGCUGUUGGCGAGUAACGCUCUUUGGGAAUUAAAGAGUCAUAUGCAAUUUGGUUAUUUGAUGGAGUCAUCAGAUGUCGAGCCUAGUUCUGGUUCUUGAUUGAAACAAGCUGCACAGACAGAGCACAGACAAGAAAGUGUGUUUUUGUUUACUUCACUCACUUGCCAACAAAGUCAUUUUAAUCACGAGUAAACCAGAGAAAAACGCAACGCAAUAAAAGCGAGUCAGAUGUGACUGGUUGUGCAUGUCGUGCAUGAUUAAGAGAACCCCAAUGUGUACCUUUCUCUGGGAUUUUCUGAUUAGAUUAGAUUUUAAAAUUCCUGUUUCCUUUCAUGGAGCCAGAAGCUUACGGCGAUGAAACACCGCUUCUGUUUCAUCCCGUGCGUGCGGAGAGAAAACUUACGAUGCGAAGAACAAAAAGCGGCGAAUGUCAUUUCUGGUGAGUUCAAUAAGCGAUUACGUCGGGGGCACACUGUCCAGCAUGAAUGGAGUAUGAGUCGUCUUUGAGCUUGUACGCCACGAUAAUGGAACCUAACUGGACAAAAAGACAUGCUUUUUUGAUUUUUGAUUUUUUUUUUUUUUUUUGGUCAUCCAGAAAAUGAAAUGUAUAUAACAGCUUAUGCCAAUUCAUAUUUGCACUUUGAAGAAUUUCUGUACAGUAUGAUUUGUGAAUCUGCUUAACUUGGCGUGGUGGGUAGAGAAAAGUUAAAACCGUGUUAUCUUAGCCAUCCGAGCUUCGAACUGGAAUUCUUAAUCAUCCCAAAUGGAUAAAUUGCCUUUGCACUUUUUAUUUUACAAAUCGAUACUAUUGUUAUUGUGUGUCUUUCUUUCCGUUGCUUUUCGCCUAAACUGUGACAGCUGCAGUAUUGCCCUUCCUUUUUUUUUUUUAUGCUUUUCUCUCUCUCUCUUUGACUGGGGUCAUAUCCCUCCGAAGCCUCUUUCAGCAAUAUCAUGAUCUUUUGACAAAUUAAAAGCUUUGCUGCAUGAUUUGUCCACCUGAAUGAGUGGGGUAAUAUAAGGAUUAAUCAAGUACAAGUACAUUUCUUUGUUUGUAAAUAAAAUAAAUGAAAACGAAAUAAUGACGGCAGCCAAAGUAUUUUUUUUGUUCGAGAUAAUCCUUGUAACAUCUUAUGAAACAGUUGUUAUGCAUUUAUUGUAACUGGAUUAAGUGGACAGAAUGUCUUGCAAAAUGCCAAUAAAAUUCAAAAGCCUGCCAGUUAAGUUUCGU